AUGGACGACUUUUUCAACCCCCCCACGGACUCGAGUUCGUCGGACCCUACCGCCGAUUUCCUCGCUCGUGAAAGGGCCGCGUUGGGCGAAAGCUUUGGUGACGCGACGACGACCGGUGCCGCUGCGUCGAGCUCGGGCAAGGACUAUGAACGAUCCGCCUCCGCUUUCCCCGAUCUGGAUGCCCCUGGUGCUCAGCACGAUGAGGAUGACGAUGAGGAUGAUUUGGACUUCUUGGGAGGUGCAUCAUCGGCACCGGUUCGGGUUGGGGUUGGCGCACCGACAUCGAAUGGGACGGGUGCGGUCAGCGUGACGAACCAUACCGAGUUGGCCGCGUUCGAGCAGGAUUACCCCGAGAUCGAGCUCCCUUCUCAGCAGGUCAGUCCAAGCUCCAAGCUCCAAGCUCCAAGCUGGGUCGUUCUAUCGUAGAUCACACUGACGCCGGCUCUCUCCUCUCUCUUGUCGCUUCCGUCUCCGUGCUCGCGCGCGUGUGCACCUGCGGGCAUGCGUGUCACCCCACACCCAACCCAACCCAACCCAUCUCAUCCCAACUCGACAACUCACCGACCGCUCACAGUCGAACGGCUUCAACUCUUCUUCAAACAACGACAACCGCUUCCAUUCGUCCCAACCCCCUUCCACACCCGCCUUCCAACCCGGCACCGCCGCACCCGCACCCGCAUCAGAGCAGGACUCUGAAUUCAUACAGUCAGCAGCUCCACGCGAUCCAAACGCUUGAUACGACGCAAACCCCUUCCUAACCGUAGCCCGACACGUAUGCGUCCACAGAUCCUGGCGCGUGAAACAAAAGGAGGAGAUCGCGCGGAGGGAAGAGGCGUCCAAAGCCAAGCGCGAGGAGACCAUCGUCAAGGCCCAGCACGCGAUCGACAACUUUUACAAAGAGUACAACCAGAAGAAGGAGAAGAACAUCGCCGCCAACAAGUGCGUUGGGAGAACGCCGGCCUUUGUGUGCGAUAGAGCCCGCAAUCUGACCCCCUCAUGUUUCGAAAACAGGGACGAAGAAGCCGCUUUCAACGCCGCUCAAACGGACGCUUUGGCCAAGGGUACGACAUGGGAACGCGUGUGCGCGCUCGUAGACCUCAACGACUCGCGAUCAAAGACCUCGACCAAGAGCAAGAACGACCUGACCCGGUUCAAGGAGGUGCUCCUUUCGCUCAAGAGGGAGGGAGAGAACGCCCCUGGUGCUGCCGGCUAUUAG